AUGUCGAAUCCAGAAGACUCAGAACCCAAUGACGCCUACGAUUUCGCCGUCUUCGAUGAGUUCUUUGAUGAUUUCUCGCGACACGAGCAAGUCGCAAACGCAGGCGCGAAGACAGUGAGUACAAUCCCCAUCGUCUAGAAUUCAAAGUAAUUUCAGAGCAUUCUGCCACAUUGCAAAUACAUUGAAGGAUUUGAAAAUUGGCCUCUUAUGAACGACGAUUGCAAGAAAUUGGUGAUCGAAUGUCUCGACUACAAAACGAGAUGCAAACUGGGACAGUGCUCGAAGGCAGACUACGCAGUUGUCCAGAAGACGCCUAUUCCUUUGUACAGAAUCAGUCUCAUCGAUUCGGAACGCUCUCAUUAUUCAUUCGAAAAAGAGGAGUUUGUGAGUUUUCAACUACAGAUAAUCCUUCAAUUUCAGUUCCCAUUUUCAGGAUAACGUUGUGGUCAGCUUCCGAUUCGGCGAGGACUACAACACCAGCGAGCGCUACGAGCUUAUUUUCUCGCAGAUCAGAGAGCACACACAGAUCAGAUGGCUCCAGUUCCACCCGAAAAAACGCCCCGAGAAACAAAGUGUCACUCUGGAAAACAGCAAUUAUUACGAGGAAGCGGUGAAGUUCGCGGAGAAUAUGAUAAAAAGGAGCAAUGACGGAAUCGGAUCCAUCGUCGUCGAGAUGGAAAAGUAUCCAUUCGAGAAGAGUCGAAUCAAGUCGCUUUCCAAGUGCAAAUCAGUUCGAGUGACGGCGAACGACGAGAUGGACAUGCGCUGGUGGCUGCAGAAGGUUCCCGAACAGCUGGACGAUCUUGAUCUUCUGAGCAACCAGGACAGAGACACUUUCAUUCUUUCUUCCGAGUUCCUUUCGAUACCACAAGUAUAAACUGACCAGAAUGCAGCAGGUCAAUCAAUAAUCUUUUCAGGUGAUGAACGCUCGGAAGUUCUAUUUCUACUGUCGUGCGGCAUUCACCGACAAGCAGUUUCUCGCUCUGAAAGCCAAGAAAAUUGCGUUCGAUUGUGUGAACAUCACAGAUGACGCCGUCAACACUUUCCUCCGGGUAUGUCUCUUGCGAAAAGAACAUAUAUAAUCAAGUGCACACUUUCAGAAGUGGGUAAAAGGAGAAGGUGUGCAGCACUUUCAGCAGGUCCUUUUGUGGUCCACACGAGUGCCAGAUCAGGAAAAAGUCACCGCCGGAUUGGAAGUUCGUCCGUGGGACGAGGCGUUCCGGGAAGAAGCGUCAGUGACUGGGAUUUGAGUCAGAACCACCAACGUUUUUGUUUUCAGAAGAGGAUUCUGCGAAGAUUACGACCGAGUCUGUGGCCGCGGAACAACCUUCCAGAUCUGCAGCCGAGUCGACCCGUACGAAAGUCUCACCCUUUGCUUCAACUCCGAUCGAAUCUCCAUUUACGCGACUGGAAAAAAGUACAUUUCGAACAAAGAGAAUUUCACUUACUACAGUAUUCCCCUAUGA